AUGGUGGAUGUUCAUCGAAAGGAAGGGGGAGGAAUUGGAGUAUCAUGGGUACGUGCAAUUGUGUUCGUGUUGUUAGUAUAUGUAAUAAGUGUGACCGUAGAUUUUUGCUACAAUGUUUACUAUGACAGAGAGGCAGCGUUUCAGAACGUCCUUAACUGCUCACUACAAGUGUUCAGGUCAAAUAGCGUAGACUGCUGGUUGCAGAAUGGUACGCUCCUCGGGUCCGCGCGUCUGGGGAGGCUGCUACUAUGGGACGCUGAUCUAGAUAUCGGGUUCGUUCAGGCGAAUCAUACCGAAAAACUUCAACUACUCAUGAACGAAUUGGAUUCGAAGUGCUUUGGUGCUAGGUCGGAUCGUCGACGGGGGGUCAGGAAUCCACUUCUUGUGUUUAGGAAAUGUACAGAAAGGAUUUGCGCUGAGUUUCAUGAAACGUCGAUUAGCAAUGGCAUAGUAACCACCGGUGAUGGCGCUUCUCCGCAAAGGGAGUUGUUUCCUCUUAGGACAUGCACAAUUGGUGAUGUAGUUGCCCAGUGCCCCUAUAAUUCGUCGUAUUACCUGAGAGAAGCAUACGGCAGCGGGUGGCUGACAGCAUCGCUGCUCGAAUUUUUUUAG